GUGAGAUUUGUCUCUUUACCUGUGGGAGGAGCUUCCGGUGAGAGGCGUAAAUUGCUGCUCUUGACCGUUUGAUGCUAGAACCGUGUGUGGGGGAGCGUGUACGCACCGCAGCGGUCACGAUUAUGCCUGACAGGCUUCCAUAGCAAAGUGAGACAUGGCCGAAGUGAUUGGCGUCUGCGCCGGGUUGCCUUUGCCGUCCACUAUGAACGUCACCUUCCCGAUCCAGGAGGACGCCAGCACGGCUGCGGUCGCCCCUUCAGUCCCUCUGAGCAGCGAGGAUUACCUGUUCGUGGAUGCCAGGCACCCCAACACUGUCCUGCAGGGCCUCAACAGCCUGCGGCUCAACAACGCCUUCUGUGAUGUGACCCUGUGCUGUGGGGGACAAGAGUUCCCCUGCCAUCGCAUCGUGCUGGCCUCCUUCAGCUCAUACUUCCAGGCAAUGUUUUCCACUGACCUCAUCGAGUCCAAACAGGAGCGGGUUGCCAUCAAUGGAGUUGAGCCUCAGAUGAUUGGGAUGCUGGUGAGCUACGCCUACACAUCCGAGGUGUACAUCUCUAAAGCAAAUGUGCAGGCCCUGCUGGCAGCAGCCAACCUGCUGGACGUGAUGGCAGUUCGAGAGGCCUGUUGUCGUUUCAUGGAGCGUCAGAUGGAUGAGAUGAACUGUGUGGGGAUUCACUGCUUUGCAGAGGCGCAUUCUUGUAAAGUGCUGGAGAAACGUAGUAUGGACUACAUCCUCGAGCACUUCAGCAGCGUUCAUCAGCAGGAGGAGUUCCUGUCUCUGUGUGUGGACAAACUGACAGAAAUCCUUGCCAGUGACUUCCUCAAUGUGCCUAAAGAAGAGAUGGUGUUUGAGGCGUCCAUGCUGUGGUUGAAUAAAUGUCCCUCUCGCAAACAGAGCUUCGAAAAGGUGCUUGAGCAUAUCCGGCUGCCUCUCAUCAGCCCCUACUACCUCCAUGAUGUGAUCGAGUCUCUGGAUGUGGUGAAGGAGAGCCAGGGCUGCCAGAGGCUCAUCUCUGAGGCCAAGGACUAUCUGCUGCUAAAAGACCGUCGUGGAGAGCUCUACUGCCCCAGAGCGAGGCCACGCAGAUCCACAGUCAUGGCAACAGGGACAGCUGAAGUGAUAGUGACAGUUGGCGGGGAGGACGACAAGGUGGUGCUGCGCAGCGUGGAGAGCUUCGAUCCUGUGACGAGUCAGUGGAGGAAUCUGGCCUGCCUGCCCUUCGCUGUGAGCAAACACGGGCUGGUGGUCUCGGACUCCACUCUGUAUUUGGCAGGAGGAGAGUUUCCUGACGGCUCAGCCAGCAGGGAGAUGUGGCGCUACGAUCCCUGCUUCGACUCCUGGAUUGAGAUGGCUCCCAUGAAUGUAGCUCGCUCCGAGUUAGGCCUGGUGAUGCUGGACGGCUUUGUGUAUGCAGUGGGAGGUUGGGAGGGUCGCUCUCGUCUGGACUCGGUCGAGUGUUAUAACCCGCACACCAACUCUUGGCAGUUCACCGAAUCUGUCAAGAUGGCCGUCACAAGUCCCGCUGUAGUGGCCCUGGAUGGACUCCUCUAUGUUACUGGUGGUGCGGUUCUGGAGGAUGGCGACGGCACGGACCUCGCUCAGGUCUACAACCCUAAGACCUCUGUGUGGACGGAGGUAGCCCCCAUGCAGAUCGCUCGAUCCGGUUCAGCGGCUUGUACACUCAAAGGAAAGCUUUACGUUAUAGGUGGAUGGCAUGCCUCGACGGAGAACACAGAUAAAGUAGAGUGUUACAAUCCCAAAACAAACCAGUGGACCAUGUGUGCCCCCAUGAAAGAACGACGCUACCGGCCCGGUGCUGCUGUGGUGGACGGAAAAAUCUACGUCCUGGGAGGGGAAGAAGGCUGGGACAGAUAUCACGACACUAUUGAGAGGUACUGUGACGAGACAGACACGUGGGAGAUUGUCGGGGAGAUGCCCACCAGUCGCAGCUGGCUGAGCUGUGUGUCUCUUCAGCUGAGGAAGGACAUCCACAUGAGCAGCUGUCCUGGGACGCCAAAUGACAACUGAGCAAAGGUGUCGGUGGAGAGGAAAUCCUUCCUGGUUCUUAUUUACACCCUCACUGGGAGACUGUGCACCACAAUGCUCAGAGCUGAGGACAGCAGCGAGCUGAGAAGAGAAGCCUGGAUUUGGCACAGCACCGUCUGAGCUGUUGCCGAUGGCAUAAAGAAGUUGGUUUUGAAAUCGGUGACUGCUUGUGGACUGAGUCUCUUUUGGGGUGAAAGAAGAGACACGAAUCUCAAGGGAUCAACCGACUAAUCGACGGCUCAGUCAGCCGUCUGAACUCACUCUCUGUGUGAUGUGAACAUGUUUAGGAUACUGUUUUAAUGUCCGAGCACCUCAAAUCUGUGAAGAUUUUCCCAGCCAACAUAGUGUAUUUUUGUAUCAUUAUUAUUAUUAUGUGAUGUAUUUAUUGGGGUGUGACUAGGUAUAAGCUCUUUUUUUUUAAAAAAAAAAAUAGUAAUCAUUUGACUCAAAAGAUGCUCUAUGGGCCAAAAAAAACUUGCAUUGUGAAUAUUUUUGAAGGUUACCUGUGAAAAAGAUGUCUAUAUGUGAUCUGUGUUUUUGUAUUUAAACUUUGUAAGUUCUGAAUGAUGGUCUUUACUACCUGUAACAUGUUGAGUAUAUUUUUGUAAUGUAGCGUGCAUCAUGUAUCUUAGUGACUUAUAAAUGGAGUUGGAUUCUAAUAAAGAUGUUUAAUUCUUUAAUGUGA